AAGUUUGACGCUAUAUUAGCAUUUUUUUAAUUUUUAAUAAAAUUGGUUGUUUUUAUUUUUAUGAUGUUUCUACCAAUAUUACUAAUAUUGGCAAUUGCAGUGGUUAACUGUGCCAUUAGACCACAUUUAAAAGAUAGUCGGAUAGUCGGAGGCUACGAAACAAGAAUCGAAGACCAUCCUCAUCAAGUAUCAAUCAUGCGUUAUGGAUGGCAUUCGUGUGGUGGUUCCAUAAUAGGUGAAGAAUGGAUCUUAACAGCAGCUCAUUGCACUGCGUCAGUAAAUCCAGGAGUCCUCUCAAUCAGAGUCGGGAGCUCGUUCCGUGAUCGAAAUGGUACUGUAAUCGAUGUCGCAGAAAUAUUUGUUCAUCCAAAAUAUAAUGCAGAACAUAUCGAUUAUGACUAUUCGUUACUUCGAAUGGCAAAACCCAUUAGACAGUCUAUAUCUACUAGAGCUAUUAUGCUGCCACAACAAGGAGAAAACUUCAAAGAAGGAUUGCUGACCACCAUAACUGGCUGGGGCACACUUUCAAAUAUAGAAAUCACUUAA